AACAAUAUUCAUUUGCAAAACUCAACAAAUCGUAAUUUCUUAUAUCGAGAUGAAGUCCAUGAAUUUGAUCGGAAGCUUGAGCUGUUGCAUGUGGCUAGUGAUGGCCAUGGCAACCGCAGCCCAAGAUAGCGCUCCAGUGCUCGACACCUCUGGGCAGGCUCUUCAAUCCGGUGUAGACUACUACAUCAAACCCGCCAUCACCGACAACGGCGGCCGUUUCACUUUGAUCAACCGAAAUGACUCCUGUCCUUUGUAUGUUGGUCAAGAAAACACCUCAGGCCCCAAGGGCUACCCGGUGACCUUUGCACCUUUCGCAGAGGGUGAGACGGUGGUAAGAGUGGGUAGGGAUCAGAAGAUCACAUUCUCUGCAUCCACAAUCUGUGUGCAAUCGACUGCAUGGAAGGUGGGUGAGACUCAGUCCGAGACCCAAAGGAGAUUGAUUGUCACCGGAAUUGAUCAAAACGAAGGCCUACCAGGUCCGGCCGGAAACUACUUCAGGAUUAAUAAACAGGCAGAUCAUGAUGGCGUCUACAACCUGCAGUGGUGCCCUACAGAAGUGUGCCCGACAUGCAGGUUCAUUUGCGGAGAUGUGGGUGCUUUGGUUGAGAAUGACAAGAGGCUGUUGGCCUUGGAUGGUUCUGUGCUUCCUGUUGUCUUCGAGAAGGCUUAAGUAUCCAUUCCAAAGUUUAUUAUGAAUAACCGGUCCAGCUGAACUAGCUUGGUACGUAGACUCAUGAUGAUGAGUAUGUUGCAUAUAAAUUUGUUAAUUAUAAAUAACUUACUGGUGCAACUAAAA